CACUUUCACCAUUCUAGAGCAGUAAGCUAGAACGAUAGAACGGCUGAAUGACGGGUCUUACCUUAUUUGUAUGAAUUUUAGCUCAAAUACAGUGAUUCACCAAUGAAUAAGUGGAACGUCGCCCGGUCUGUUGUUCAAAAGCCUAAGUGUUGAAAGCCUUUCCGGCUCAAGGGCUUUGGAUUUGCGUACAACCUUGCUCAGUGACAGCAAUCACCUAGGUUAUUUGCCUCUUUCGUGGCACAAGUGACAGGCUUUACCAUGGCACUCAUGUUUCAAAGUGAUGUUGUGCAGUAUGUUUGCACCUGUGGCCAGCUCAAGCCCAUUUCACUCAUGUAUUUCUGUAGACACUGUUUGAAGUUGAGAUGUGGUUACUGCGUCUGUCAUGAGGUUGACUCGCAUUACUGUUCAAACUGCCUGGAGAUACUCCCAUCGGCUGAAGCCAGGUUGAAGAAACACAGGUGUCAAACAUGCUUUGACUGCCCCAACUGUUUGAACACAUUGGCAGUAAGAGCGACCACUGUAUCUGUUCGAGACCCUGACGACCCAAACAAGGUUAAUUCACUGAAAAAAUACUAUCAUUCAUGUUUCUUCUGUCGGUGGACCACAAGAGAUGUAGGCUUGCCCGACCAAGCUGUCCAGACUGUUUCUGCCAACGGAUGGUCACAGAAAGGAGAAAGCAACAUUCAGCGCAUUAAUGUUUUGCUGGAGUAUGUUCGAUUGUUGGGAAUGCAGGAAAGGCAUGAACGGGAACAACGUGAAAAGAAAUUCACUCCUAGGUCUAGACGUACUUUUACCCACCACCCAGGACUUACUGCUGCCCAUGUCCGUAAACGAGCUGGACUGCCACCAGAACUACCAGCCCCUUCAACAAUCAGAGACAACCUUGCGGAGUUCCAGCCUGCUGUCGCAAAGGAGGAAGUGGCAUCCCUGCCCGAGAGUAUCUUCACUGAAGAAUUGGAUAUUGAUCAAGUGACCACCUUGACACAGCGACUUGCUCAACCAGAAACUCAGCCUGAGAGCAUUGUUGACCUCAUUCCAUCAUGUAAACACCUGUGCACAAAGCGCUCUCAACGAUGCAGAGGUUGUGAGCAUAACGUCAGCAAACCAGAUCUGAACCCAUCAUCUAUCAAAUUUAAAAUUCAGCAUGCUGCCAGUUUCCAUGUGCCUGAGGUGCGUCUAGUGUCUGUUCAACCUCUGAUUGGAUCUAAAGAAUGUGAAAUAGUGAUUGUGUUCAGCAACCCGUCACAGCAACCAACCACUAUAAGCUUUAUCACACUUGAGGAAGCUGAGGCAGAGGCUCAAGAGCACACUGAGGUCACCCCAGACACCUCAGUACCACAGGGUGAAGCUCCCCCUUCUCUCUCAUCCUUGACAAGAUCCCCACCAGUGAUGGAGGAACCCAGGCCUGUUAGUAUCGCUGUGACGGGGGAUGUCAACCUGCCAACUGCCGAUGUGGAAAUUGUUCUAGCCCCCAAAGAUGAUGCUGCUGAGUAUGAUGAUUCCAGUGACACCCAACAAUUCCAUGAUGACCCUCAGAUUGUAGUUCAUAGGAGGGCCAACAAGGCUUCUCUUCGCUUGACAGUUAUCCCACACGCUGAUAAAGCAGGGCAGAACUGUACAAUUGGAUUUGGGUUCCGGUAUACAUAUAUCAACCGUAUUUCUACACCAGCCUCUGCAUCAUUUGAGCCUCAAAAGGUUCAACUCAGCUCCAGGACCUUCCUUAACUGUGGAAAAAUAAAAGAGAGUCAGUGAGAGGAGAGAAUCCUGAGGUUGAAUCAGUUUCCAUCUUUGUUAAAUUAUUGUUUCUAGUUAAUUAUUCCUUGCUUUUGCUGUUAAGUUAUUGUGUUUAAUUGAUUAUUCCUUGCUUUUGCUAUUAAUAUUGUUGUUAGUUGAUUUGGUAAAUACUCUGUAUUUUGCUAAUGAUAACUAUUUUGUAUUAAUUUUAUGUACCACAAGUAACCGUGUAAUAAAAAUUUUAAAAGGUCAGGACAAAAA